UCAUCCUCUCAAGGUCUUUAAACGGUAGAAGAGUGGAGAAAAAGCAUCACCCUCGUCUUCCUCACUCACAUCUUCCUGACGGUAGCCAUGAAUGGACCAGCUAUCCUGCUGCUCCUCAGUGCCUGUGUGGUCAGUGGGUCAGCUGAAACCAGAGCUCUUUGGCAGCUUGCAACAAUGAUUGUUUGUACUCAGCCAGAUGUUGAGCCAUUGAAAUACAGUGAUUACGGCUGCUAUUGUGGCUUCGGAGGAGGGGGAACUCCAGUGGAUGAAGUGGACAAGUGCUGUCAAAUUCAUGAUGAUUGCUAUGGAACAUACCAAACGACUCCAGGAUGUACGUCUAUAUUUUUCAGUCCCUACAUUCUUGCUUAUCAAUACAGCUGUUCUGAUAUACAGGUGACAUGCUCAGAGGCCAACGAGAAGUGUCAGGCUGCUGUGUGUAAAUGUGACCGUGCAGUGGCUCAGUGCCUCGCUCAGAACGCCAAACUCUACAAUCCUGCAAAAAAAGCCUGA